UCUGCUCGGAGUCAUGAGGGGGCGCUGCAGACGGUGAACGAAGAUGGCCAACGCCGUGGCUUCCUACGACCAGCUGGCCCACCAGGUGGAGGCUCUCCGGAAGGAGAACUCCCACCUGAGGAGGGAGCUGGAGGACAACUCCAACCACCUGUUCAAGCUGGAGACCGAGACGUUCGGCAUGAAGAGCUCCACAUGGACCUCACCAACUACUACGAACUCAAACACCAGCCUCACAACCUGAGGCUGCUUACGGCCGGCUCAGGAGGGGCGGGGCUAACGGGUAUCCCAGGGGCAGGGCCAACUCUGAGCGGAGGGGUGGAGCUAGGCGAUCACCUGGCUCUGCCCUCGUCCUCCUGCUGCUCCGCCUCCUCCUCCUCCGUGGCGGCGAUGAACAGAGCCAGGAGCCCGCUGCGAGCGGCCUCUCGUCAGAGCAUGGCGUCCAGCGGAGAGGCCGCCGCRAUCAUGCUGCCGCAUCACUUCCUGGACGGAGCUCCGCCCAAAACGGCCGUGAUUAGCGGCGCCGAUGGACUCCUGAGCGACCAUCACCUGGAGGAGCUGUACAAAGAGAGGAACCUCCUGCUGGGCGAGAUCGACCGUGAGGAGCGGGAACGCUGCUGGUACUUCAGCCAGCUGGAGGCGCUGUCCCAGAAACUGGCCCAGCUUCCCAGGAUCGACAUGUUCUCCCUGCAGAUGGAUCUGAUCCGGCAGCAGCUGGAGUUCGAGGUCCGGCAGGUCCGGUCUGUGAUGGAGGAACGCUUCGGAACCAGCGAUGAGAUGGUUCACAGGACGCAGCUGCGUGUGGCUCGACUUGAGCAGCUGGAGAAGGAGCUGCAGGAGGUCCGAGGGAGUCAGGAGAGCCAGCUGCAGCUGUCCGGAGCUGAGAGGCCCCCUGCAGGAGAACCGGAGAACAGCAGCUCGUCUUCGGCUGCAGCUGCAGGAACAGAAGCUGCAGACGGAGGCAGCAAGGUGGAGAUGGUCUUCUGGCUGCUGUCCAUGCUGGCCAACCGAGACAAGGACGAGAUGUCCCGGACCCUCCUAGCCCUGUCCAGCUCCCAGGACAGCUGCAUCGCCAUGAGGAAGUCCGGCUGCGUCCCCCUGCUGGUUCAGAUCCUGCACGAGGCGCCCGCCGGAGGCGCCGGAGAGACGGCGGCGGGAGGCGUCUCRUCAGGCUGCAGCCGGGAGACAAAGUCCAGAGCGAGCGCCGCCCUGCACAACAUCAUCUACUCCCAGCAGGACGAGGGCCAGGCUCGCCGGGAGAUGAGGGUCCUGCACAUGCUGGAGCAGAUCCGGACCUACUGCGACAGCGGCUGGGACUGGAUCGAGAGCCACGCUGCCACACCUUCACCUGGAGGAACCAAAACAUCAGAUAUCCCUGAACCUGUGGACCCUCAGAUCUGUCAGGCCACGUGUGCCAUCAUGAAGCUGUCCUUCGAGGAGGAGUACCGGCGAGCCAUGAACGAAUUAGGUGGUCUGCAGGUGGUGGCGGAUCUGAUCCACCUAGAGCAGGACAUGUACGGGAUGCAGAACGACCCCAUCAACAUGGCUCUGCGCCGCUACGCGGGGAUGGCUCUGACCAACCUGACCUUCGGGGACGUCGUCAACAAGGCCACCCUGUGCUCAAAGAAGAGCUGCCUGCAGGCUCUGGUGGCCCAGUUGUCCUCGGACAGCGAGGAGCUCCAUCAGGUGGUCUCCAGCAUCCUGAGGAACCUGUCCUGGAGGGCUGACAUCAGUACCAAGAGGGUCCUGAGAGACAUCGGCUGUGUGUCAGCACUGAUGACCUGUGCCCUGCAGGCAACCAAGGAAUCAACUCUGAAAAGUAUCCUGAGCGCUUUGUGGAACCUGUCGGCACACAACAUCGACAACAAGGUGGCGAUCUGCUCCGUCGACGGCGCUUUGGGUUUCCUCGUCAGCACCCUGACCUACCGCUGUCAGACCAACUCACUCGCCAUCAUCGAGAGCGGAGGAGGGAUUCUCCGAAACGUGUCGAGUCUGAUCUCCACGCGGGAGGACUACCGGCAAAUCCUCAGAGACCACAGCUGCCUUCAGACCCUGCUGCAGCACCUGCGCUCUCACAGCCUGACCAUCGUCAGCAACGCCUGCGGGACUCUCUGGAAUCUUUCCGCCCGAAGCCCGAAAGACCAGGAGCUGCUGUGGGACCUGGGGGCGGUUAGCAUGCUGCGCAACCUGAUCCACUCCAAGCACAAGAUGAUCGCCAUGGGCAGCGCCGCGGCUCUACGGAACCUCCUGACCAACCGACCCCUGAAGUACAAAGAUACCGCAGUCGUGUCCCCAGGCUCCUGCUUGCCCUCCCUGUACAUGAGGAAACAGAGAGCUUUAGAGGCAGAGCUGGAUGCCAAACACCUCGCGGAGACCUUUGAUACCCUCGAGAAGCAAAGCCCCAAGCACCUGACCCUCAGCAAGCCCCUCAGGCACAUUGAGAGUCUAGCGAAGGAUUACGCUUCUGAUUCUGGCUGCUUUGAUGACGAUGAGGCCCCCAAUAACUCCAGCAGCCUGGAUACUGGCAGCUUCUCCAUGCUCUCUAUGUUUCUCACCAACUCUAACCUCCUGCAAAAUCAACAUCGAAAGAGGGACAACGAACCCGAGCGAGACACGGAUCCCCCUCAGGUGCUCAAGAAGAAGCAUCCUCCUCCUGAAGAUGUGGUCUCCGCCGCCGCAGAGACACUCGCCAAAAAGAUUACCAACACGGUUGCUAAGAUUGACAGGCUGGUGGAUGACAUCACCAUGCACACGUCCUCUGAAGACAGCCUGAGCCUCAGCUCCGAGGACCACCUGGCUGACUGGGCUUAUGGGCAAGACGAGCUUAACGAAGCCCGGGCAAAUUCAUGUUCCCCCUGCCGUUUCUCUGACACGGGCAGUUUGGCCCACAGGGAGCGCUUCAGCCGAGUCCACGCCCUCCUGCGCCUCAAAAACACCCACGCCAGUGUUUCGACAGACAGCCUGAACAGCGGCAGCACGAGCGACGGCUACUGCGGCAGCAAAGACCAGAUCCAGACGUUUCCAAAAGCUCUAAUGACGCAGCAACGACCCAACCAGCUGGACCUAAAGGUGGCUCAUCAAGAUUAUCUCAACGUGGACCCGGCGCUUCUGAAUGAAACUAACCAACAGGAUAUUCCAGAGAGAGAUUCUGUGAAUAAUAAAGAAGUAAAAGCUGUGGAGCUCAACACAGACACAGAAAAGAAUCAAGACCCACCAGCGCAAACACCAGUCAGUGUAUCCACAAAAGUGUCCUCUGAUGUCAGCAUGACAUCAAUUAAGCUUUCCCCCACCUACCAACAGGUCCCACUCAUUCAGAGUGUGGCCAAAUUUGGCGUUUCAAAGACAACCAUCAARGUUCAAGCAGCUCAGGCGAUGAGGCGGCAGGCGUGGGUUCCCACGGUCAUGACCGGGGGUAGCAUCACAAAGUUUCCCCCGAUGAAUUCCACCAGAAGUCCAACCAUUGGGACAAUGGAGACAGUCCAGAAAUAUUCCGUGGAGAACACUCCAAUCUGCUUCUCCCGCUGCAGCUCGCUGUCCUCCCUGUCCUCAGGCGAUGGGGCGCUGGACGGACAAAGCGAAAACGAGCUCGAGAGCGACUCGUCYUUGGAAAUAAUCGAGGUGGAGGACGGCGAGUUGGUGAAGAGAGAGCACGAGGAUGAAACCUUAGAGGAUCUGAGUGACAGCCAGCUGUUGAUGACAGACUCAAAAACCUUCCCCUGCAAAGAGCUGAACCCCAAUGAGGUCACCUGUGCUGCCAAGAAGGAAAAGGUGUUCCUCAGAGGAGCUUCACCUYCCAUAAUCGAAGACAGAUCUCCAUCCAGCUCCUCGGAGAACUACAUCCACGAAACGCCUCUGGUGUUGAGCCGAUGUAGCUCAGUCAGCUCACUGGGCAGUUUUGAGUCUCCCUCCAUUGCCAGUUCAAUCCAAAGCGAUCCGUGCAGUGAGAUGAUUGAUGGAACAGUAAGCCCCAGCGAUCUUCCAGACAGCCCAGGACAAACCAUGCCUCCUAGCCGGAGCAAAACUCCCUGCUGUGUCGAGCCAAAUGUACCAGAGACGCAGAUCACAGGGAUAGCAGGCCAGUGGGAAAGCAGUCUACAGAAGCUGAUGGAGAUCGCGGAUCCCAAAGAGAGGUUUAACCUUCCUCCUGACCUGGACACCGUCUACUUCACUGUUGAAAAACCCAUUGAGAACUUCUCUUGCGCCUCCAGCUUAAGCGCUCUGCCCCUUCAUGAACACUACAUCCAGAAAGACGUGGAGCUGAAGUUAACCCCCCUGCUCCAGCAGAACGAUGAGAAUCAGCCGUUCCCCAACGAAGAUGAGCGAGGCUUCGACGAGGAGCGCUGCAGCGAGUGCAACUCGGAUGACGACAUCGAAAUUUUGAAGGAAUGCAUCAGCUCAGCCAUGCCUUCAAAGUUUAGAAAAGUCAGAUCCUCUUUAACAACCAGCAUCCCCCAUCACAUACUCAGUUCUCAAAUCCGAAAACAAAUCCUUCUGCCGUUCACCAUGCUUCCAAGUGAUAAAACCCAAAGGUGUCACAAGAGGAGAAAUCCACAAAAAGACUUCAAACUGGACGAUACUUCCUUAACAGAUUCUGCAGAGGGUACGCCCGUCAUCUUCUCCAGCACAACAUCYCUGAGCGACGAAACACUUCAGUAUCCCCUGAGGGACAGGGGGGCUAAAGACUGCACUGCUAAAGGCCUGAACAGAAAGGAAGUGAAAAACAACGAAGCAAAAAGAAUKGAAGACUUGAGGAUAUUUUCACACUUCCACAAACCAAACAGGACCAACUACCUGCCCGAGGUCCACAUGAGCCAAACGACCAAACACGUGAUCCCCACUCAGAAGGUGCUCAUGCAGAGCAAAGAGGUGGCCGACAGAGUCGCCAACCUCAAAUAUCGCGAUCAGUCUCCCAAUCAGCAAAAGAGGCCACAAGGUCAGGGUCCRUGCAGGAAACUGGAGCUGCCCGUCAUAAAGAAAAACACAGAUGGUAACAUGAAUUCUGGAUCGCACAAAGGAAACAGAAUCUAUCGACAAAUGACAAAUUCUUCAGAGGACAGUAACAGCUUCUACGAGGACAGAAGUGAAUGUUUGCARAAACACCCCAGCAGGAAACAGAUCAGGGAAGCGAGCAGGAAUACUCUGUCUCGAAGCAUGACAAAUAUAGGCCGGAUAGAUAAUUCCCAGGGAAAGCCCCGAGGGUUUCAGAGAAUCAAACAAAAUCUGAUAAGGGAUGAAUCCCUGGCGUGUUACUCGUUAAGCUCCUCUCUGAGUUCACUUAGUGACGCCGAGUUUGAGGAUCAGAAAUCGAAAGCCCAGCAAACGUGGUACAAGAACAGACACAAUAAGACAAUGGCACAACAAGCAAAGGCCGUGACKAUUCACUGCCAAUAUGACGAGCAAAGCUCACCGAGCUCAGUCAGCAUGGACUCCGAGGAUGACCUCCUUCAAAAAUGCAUAACGUCUGCUAUGCCCAAACAGAGGCGGAAGAUKGCUUCCAGAAAAAAGAAAGCAGAAAAUGCUCAGAAACAGAAAGUCUCUGACGGAUGGGACAUAUAUACAGAAAUGGACAGCGACGAUAUGGGGUGGGACAAAGACUCUGACCUCAACAGUGUUGAAUGGAGAGCCAUACAGGAAGGUGCUAACUGUGUUGUCACUGGGCUGCAAGCAUCGAAAUCCCAAGAGCCAUCUUCUGAAGAGACGGAGUCGGUUCUGUCGUUCAUGUCAACAUCCAGCUUUACACCCAAAGAGAGGAAGUUUGCUAAAGAUAAAAAAGCAAAUAAYCCUCUAGACUUUGAGAAGCGGAAACCUGUUCCAAACUUACCYGUAGUGUUCCGAGGCAGGACGGUGAUCUAUACGCCGAAGAAAGAGGAGGCUCCGUCACAAAGACCCCCUCCCAGAAAAGUGCCGAUCAACACAGAUGCUCCUAAGAACCCGAACCUUGCUCAGCACAGAUCGAAGAGCCUUCACAGACUGGGCCACCCCCAGGACACAGAACUGUCUCUUCCAAAGAGGAGUUCUACUCCACCUCCACGGAUAACAAAGAGCUCGUCCUCUGGAUCGUCUCAGAGUUCCACGCCAUCCAAGCAGUCACAGAAGAAAAUACCAUCUCCUACUCAGACCAAUAAACCYAUCCAGAAAAAGACCUCCACGUCCAGUAGUAGCAGCUCCCCUGCUACUAGUCCCCCUGAACGACGAGGACGCUCUCCUGUUGUCAAUCAAAACGAUAAAUCUCCACCACCUAAAACUCAGAAGUCACCUGUUKGGAUUCCUUUCAUGCAGACUUCACUCAGGCAACCCAGACCUCUGUCUCCACUGGUGACUAACCAAAUGUCCAACAGGCAAAGUACUCAGAUAAAUGGAAGAAGAGCCUCUCCAGCUAAUCAGUUUGACCUGGUCAGGAUGACCUCGGUCCAUUCCAGCAGCAGUGACUCAGAUCGGAACGGAUUCUUGAGGCAGCUGACAUUUAUUAAAGAAUCAAAGACAGGUCGAAGACGCGACGGCUCACCUCACAAUGCUUCGGGAUCACAAAACGGAUCCCCCCGCAGGGCAGUUCCUGGAGCCUCAACYGUCUUCCUUUGCUCAUCGCGCUGUCAGGAGCUCAAGGCCGCAGCUCAGGCUCCGAAGCGGCUGCAAGUAAAAGAGUCCGGACGUGCACAGCAAGUCCCAAGGCCAAACCCCGGACUCCAAAAGCAGACCGCAACUCUAUCCAGAGCAACGUCAAGUGAAAGGGAUAUUAUUGCAAGACGGCAGUCCAGAAGAACCAGCUCUGAAAGUCCCUGCAGGGCGGCCCAGCGAAACGGGCCAAGCAGAAUCUCUGGAGUCAAGCAGCAACAGGACAAAGACACCUUUAAACGCCAUGCCUCAUCACCAAGCAUAAAUGUACUGAGUCGAGUGACCAGCCGCUCUUCGCUGCGCUCGUCUUCAUCCGAUUCAAGCGGAAGAGCUAAAAGUGAGGARGACACAAAAAAGAAAGGAGCUACCUGGAGGAGGAUCAGGGACGAAGACGUACCUCGGAUCCUGAAGAGCACUCUGCCCGCCAACGCGCUGCCACUGGUGCCUUCUCCUGAUGGAGAGAAYCCGAAGCUACCUGCUCUUCCUGGAAAACUGCCCACCAUUCUCCUGGCAUCUCGCAAGACRAGUGACGCAACGGUCCAGACGGAAGACGUAUCCAACAACAAGACCAACUCMAGCACCUCUCCGACGACUGAAACAGCUUCGGUGGUCUCAGAGGAAGCGACCAGGUUGGCUUUUCUGAAAAAGUUUAGCUCCACGUCUGGGGGGAACCUCCAGGAUCCAGAGURAGACGGCUCGCCGAGGAGCCACGGUGCCGCGGGUACGUCCGAUGGCCAUGUGAGUGGAGUCGUCACUUUCCGCCAAGGUUCCCCGAGCAAGGCCGCCCGAGUCACGCCYUUUAAUUACACCCCCAGCCCGAUGGCCGGCUGCCUGCAGGAGGUGCAGAGCCAGGCCACGACCAACACUGAAAAGUCUGGGGGCAAAAGUGAGUUGUAGGGAAGUGGAUCCAGUCCACGUGAAAGACUUCAAAAUAAAACUCAGCACCUCCGUUACCUCGGGUAUCGACUCGUUCUCCCAAAUGUCCUCUGAACAGUUCGAUCAGAGCUUCCACCUUCCAUUCACACCUUGCUGGAUGUAUGCACCGACACAGACCUGGUAAGAAUGGACCACAAAGAACUCACAUGAGUAAUGCAUCUUUUUUUAUACUUUUUUUGUAUUUGUAGAUCAUGCAAUCAUUGCCUGGUAGAAAAAUGUAGUGAAAACUGGAUUUCAGCUCACACAGUGGAUUAGUUUGUUGGACACAACAGAACAAUGAUAUGCAAGGUCCUGAACAGUCUCUGAAGGUUCCAACUGUGGUGGACUUGAGUCAACAAGGACUCAGUGACUUGUGACAGAUUUUUUUAGGUACUGCACAUCAAAGCUUUUACCCUUCAACAAAUAUGACGCUCCAACCCCCUGUAGGUUCGGUGGAUCAACGUGUGAUGAGAUGUUUCUUUAGAUUAAUAUAGUCUCUUACUAGUAUUACUCACUUUUAUUACAGUUUCUGUCUGUUAGGACUACUACGAGUAUAAACACACGGAUAUUACCA